AUGUUCAGCUCCAGAAGACAGCAGCACUGUAGCCAAUUCAGAGGCGCCAGGAAUAUCAGUAUACAAAUAUCAGAAACUGAUCAAAUUAAACAGUACAGAAAAUUUCUUGGAACUUACAAUAAACUCACAGAAACCUGUUUUCUGGGUUGUGUUCAACAUUUUAUAAUGAGAGAAAAGCAUCCUAUUCAACAGAACGAAUCUCUGGCUGGCAAAGAAGGACUCUUUGGCCAACAGUGA